GACGACACAGGGCUUAAUAGGUGGGCGACGUGGUGCUGAAGCCGAAAUAACGAAACUGCAUUGAGCGCCAGUUGGCCAGUUUGGAAUUAAACUUCGCUCAGAGUAGAAGUACGCCGGGCCCGUCCGAGUCGACCAGUGCGUGUUGCGUGUAACAGAGGUACAGUCGGGAAGCCGUAUAAGGGGCUCAAGUAACUAUAUCGUUCAUUGAUGGACAGGAAAUUGGGAUCGGGCAAGAUGGCGACAAAGAAAGCUCCUGAACCGAAGUCUUCGACGAGCACUGCUGAUGCUACCGAGUCUACUCCGCUCGUGUCCAAAAAUGGACCAGAGGCUCCGACAGGCCACGAAGAGAGUGGAGGCCUAUCCAUGAAGCAGACUGUCCUUCUGAUAGCCGGGGAGAUGGCGGGCAGCGGAGUGCUGGCUCUACCGAGAGCGCUCGCUAGAACUGGAUGGUUCGGUGUCCCGGUGAUCAUCUUGAUGUGCGUGAUCGCGGCGUUCAGUGGCAAGAGACUCGGCGACUGCUGGACCAUGAUCGAGGCUCGCGACCCCAAGAUGAGGAGCAGGCAGCGCAACCCAUAUGCUAUUAUCGCCGAGCAGUCAUUAGGAAAAACUUGGAGUGUGGUGGUGUCAUGCGCCAUGAUGGUGACGCUGUUCGGCGCGUCGGUGGUGUAUCUGCUGCUGGCGGCGCAGAUCAUAGAGCACGUGUUCCUGGCGCUGCUGCCCACCAUAACCAUCUGUGUGUGGUACCUCAUCGUAGCCGGCGCCAUGACGCCACUGCUGCUCUUCGCCACGCCCAAGGACUUUUAUUUUACGGGUGUGAUUGCCUUCGGGUCCACGGUGGUGGCGUGCGUGCUGUACUUCAUCCAGAUGAUGAACGAUGUGAGGCCAUUCGUCUUCCGCUACGGCCUGCAUGGAUUCCAAGAGUUUUUCCUGGCUCUCGGAACUAUCAUGUUUGCUUUUGGGGGAGCCUCUACUUUCCCUACCAUACAAAAUGACAUGGCCGAUAGAUCGAAGUUCAGUAAUACUAUCCACUACAGUUUCGGAGCUAUCUUGCUGCUGUAUCUGCCCAUCGCCAUCGCCGGGUACGCGGUGUACGGCGAGGCCGUGUCGCCCAACAUCGUGACGUCACUGUCGUCGACGCCGCUCACCCUCACCGCCAACGUGCUCAUGGCCGUCCACCUCGUGUUCGCGUUUAUUAUCAUCAUCAACCCCGUCUGCCAGGAGGUCGAGGAGCUGUACGAGGUGCCCAGAGAUUCCGUCGGCUGGCGCAUGAUAGUGCGGCUGUCGAUCAUGGCCGCGAUCCUGUUUAUCGGCGAGAGCGUGCCGCGAUUCUACACAAUCCUGGCGCUGGUGGGUGGCACCAGCGUGGCGCUGCUCACGUUCAUCCUGCCCGCCUACUGCUACCUCAAGCUCGUGGAGCAGGCGCCGGCGGAGCAGGCCGUCAGUCAGCCGGGCUGGAUGAAGAUGGCGUGCUGGCAGGUGAUCGCCGUGGGCGUAGUGGGUGGCAUCAUCGCGACUUACAGUGCCGUCAGCGCCAUCUUCAGCACGGCGCAGGCCACGCCGUGCUAUCUCCGAUAAACAACUAACUUUGCACCCUUUGAACCUCAACAAUGCCUAAAAGCUCAUCUAGACCACAUGGGAACUUGCGGCACGUGCUUGUUAGAUUUAAUUGGUUGUACCUAUGUUGUACCUCAUGUAAGUAGCUUUUGACAAUGUAACAAAAAUUGCAUGCGAGUUCUUACAUCGCUUAGGUGUCUCAUUGUCUACCUUAUAGAGGUCAUGAGUUUCGUCUAAAAGGUAUAUCUAACUUAAUAUUACUCCGUUAAAUUUUGCUACUGCUUAACAAAAAACACCACACCUACACCACAUAGAACGAAAGCCAUCUUUACUUCAUGUGACUGAAGAUAUUUUGUACACAGUUACGCUUACAGCGCGGCUUACGUGGGCAAUGACUCGCGAAUGCGAAGCGACGCGGCGUGGCGCGGCGUGGUGACCCAACGGCAUUCGGAGAUCGCCCACGUAGGACACUUCCAUAGGUAGGUAUCAAAGGAUUGAAUUCACCAGCGCCGCGCCGCGCCGCGCCGCUUCGCGUUCGCGAUUUAUUCACUCAGGUAAGACACUGCCUUAGGGCGACUAAUCAAACUGUCAUUUUGUGUCUGAGAUAGGUAUUCAAAUUAAACGGUGUCGCAUCUUGUUAAGCGGUUCAAAGGGUUUUUUUAAACGUUGCGACAUUUCUUACAUUAAUUGCGACUUAGCAGGCGAUACAUUUUUAACUCGUAUACUUAUAAGCGUAAAUAUUGUAUUUAGAAAAUCACGGAAAAAUGCGAGAGGGCAAGGUGAGGUUACAUAUUAUGAUUCCUUAUUCAACCAGAUUGAAGUUACUGAGAUAUGUUUUAUUAAAUAAAAUUCAAUCUUACCUCAUAUCAUUAGCCUAUUGUAAUCCAUUUCUUUUAACAUUUUGUAUGUACUAUGCGCCAUCAGGCUGAAUUUCUACUUACUUAAGUUAUGAAAUAAGUAUCGUAUAUAAACUAUAUAAGUAAGUGCCUAACUUAGUUUGCUAAAAUAGUCAUAUUUUUUAUCGAUUAUUAAAUACGUUUUCUCCAA